AUGGAAGUGAAUAAGGAAGUUUUGUCAUUACGUAACAGUUUGGAAGAAACCGGCGAGCUUGUGCAGAAGAUGCAGGACGAAUACGAGCAAAAUCUUCGUCAGUUCUACUCACUUAAAUCACAGGAAUGGAUCCUCGAACACCACUUAGAGAGUUGGAAGCUACUUUUCCGGGAAUUAGAGACGAAUUUGGCGACCAAGCAGGAGGAUGCACACAACGGUCGGGUGCAAAUUUGGAAGGACCGUGAAGAUUAUUGUGCGUGUUCGACGCGGUUCGUGAAAGAAUUUUCAAUAGAGACUACAUUAGUCGCACUUAAACGUGCUAAUCAGCCGCGUGACGACAAUGUUGGUCAGGUAAAUUCCCACCAUUCUCGUGCUGUGACUCAAACUUGUAACCACAUGCCGAGAAUAGCUAAGAUUGAUAAGGAAAUAGGAAAGCUACGGCACAAAGAAGCGGAACUAAAUCGAAUGGAGCAGGAUCUGGCGCCAGACGAGGAAACGAUACAGUUGCUGCAAGAAGCAGUCGGAAAUUCCGCUAGGAAUCUAGAGGAAUUAGAAGCGGAAAUUAAAGCUCUCGAAGGGGCAGGUCAAAACGACGACAUAAAGGUUAGGUCCAUUUUGAAACGACCAUGUUUCGUACAGCCAGAUACUGAACGUAAGCAGGUGCGAUUUGAAUGA